AUGCUUGAGGAGGCUCAGAGUCACAUGGAAACCCUCAUGAAUGAGUUGGAUGCCGGAGUCAAGCGAGCCGGCUUGGUAAGCCAAGUCUUGCAUGGAGGCCUCUUUGCUGAAGCGGGAUCUUGGGAGAAGCAGCUGGCUGCACUCACACGCUCCUCUGAGUCCUUGCCGGGAGAGUGUAUGUUUGCCGCGGUCUGUUUGGCCUACUUGGGCCCCGUGGCCCCUUCCCGACGCCCUCUCUGGGAGGAAUCGCUGAAGAGUCUCUGGGCCGAGUACGACUUCAAUUUCUCGGACCCGGUGCAUCAUGAGUGGGAGGUGGAGUCGGUACGCAGUUGGGACGAUGUGGAUGUGGAUCCAAGUGGCUCAAACGUCGAUUCAGCUUCAGAACAUGGUGCACAGGAAGAUGGGUCCUUGUGGACUCUGCCCAGCUUUCUCUUUGACGAAGUGUCUGAACAAGAGUGGAAUGCACAGGGCUUGCCCGCUGCACUAGCUGUGAGUGCAGCUCUGGCCUUGAAAGUGCCCUUGAUGCCGCUGUGCCUGGACCCGCACGAGCAGGCGUGCCGCUGGCUGCGGAAGGUGAUCCCAUCGCUCACGGUGACGCAUGCUGCGAGCCCAAAGCUUUCCCAAGCUCUCAGCGCCUGCCGUCAAGAAGGCAAGCCUCUGCUGGUUUUGGGCUGCCGAGCCGUGCUGGCGCCGAGCCUCUUGCAGUACCUGAGCGAGGAGAGCGAGGCGAAGAGCGAGGACCUUCCGCUCGCGACCCUUCCCCCGCGGUCCGGGAGGCCCGGGCCCGAAGGCGAGGAGAAGUUGGAAAAAGACGGAGCGGGUCAAACCGCUCAGGCUCAGGAGGAGCUCGAGGCAGAGGAGGGGGCUUUCUCAAAGGACUGCGAGUUUCGACUUUACUUGCUCACCGCAGACAAAGAGAUGGAGCUGCCAGCAAGAGUCCAAAUCAAGAUAGCAACGAUCAACUUCACUGCUGACCAGAGUGCAUUGGACGAUUUCUUUUUGGUGCGUCUUGCUCAGCAGCCGCAAGGGGAGGCUACGGAGCUCCUCAGUUUCGUCCAGAACCAGCGCGAGUUCUUACUGCUGGAGGAUCAGCUGCUCUCCCAGCUUACUGAAAGGGAGGGCGGUGGCGGCGGCGGUGGCGAGUUGUUCGAAGAGGAGGAUUCGGCCUUGGCAGCGGUGGCCACGAGCUUCGGCCGAGUCCAGGAACUGCGCGAGGCCCUGGGCGAGGCGGUGCAGAAUUUGAAGGCCCAGCUGGAGAAGACCCGGAGCAUCUACAGCGACCUGGCGGAGCGCUGCUCGCGGCUCUUCCAAUCCCUGGACGGCCUCGCGACAAGCCUGGGUGGCACACCCUUCCUUUGCUCCUUGGUGGACAUCGGCGAGUCCGCCAGUGCUGCUUGCCAAGCGCUGCUGAAGCAGCAGUCCCUGGUGGCCUUUGGCCAGGACACGCUUCUCAGUACCGCGGCCUCCAUGAUGGUUCUGACCAGCAGUUCCCUGUGGGCUGUGGCCUCUCGCGUCUUGCGGCGCUUUGCUUGGAGCUUCUUCCGACAUCAGCUGCCUCUGCUGCUCAUCCACACGGCCCUCCUGCUGGAGCCACAGGAGCCAGCGCUGCUGGACUUCCUGCUGGGCGGGGACCGUGCCGUGGCGGAGAGGACUCCGAACGCACCGCCCCCGAGCUCGAGCCCCGACCUUGGCCUUUGGCCAAGAACCGCCUGGAGGAGGAUCUGUGCUUUGGCCGAGCUCCAGCCCACGUUCCGAGACCUGCCCAGACACAUCCAGGAGAAUCUCGACUCUUGGAGGAAAGCUCUGGACACGCCUUCCGAGCUCUCCACGGCCUCCAGCUCCUACUAUCCCGCCCCAUUCAACGAGCUCUCCGACGGCUUCUCGAGGGUUCUGCUGGUCUCCACCCUGCAGCCGGCUUUGGCGUCUCGGGAGCUGCUGCUCUACGCCUUGCAGGUCCUCCGCGGCGGCGACGGCGACGACGAAGGCAUGGCCGUGGAGGUGAGCGAGCCGGUGCCCUUGGAGGAGGCGCUGAACUCGGCGCUGAUCCUCUCGGACCGGAAGGGUGCGAGUGGCAACGAGCCCAAAGAAGAAGGGAGGCGGAACUCCGAAGCACCCGCUCCGCGAAAGAAGUCGGUGAUGCUGGCCGCUGCUGAUGAAGUGUCGGAGGAACGCAGCGCGGCACUUCAGAGCUCGGCCUCGCGCAAGAUGUCUUUCCGGAAGAAGCCCCCAGAUGUACCGGAGACAUCAGCUUCGAAAAGCCCGCGCAAGAAAUCGAUGGUGGAUGGGCCACUGGAGUCUUCUGCCUCCAUCUCCUCUCGGGUCUCGAAAAGUUCUGGCGCUGGCCUGGAGAGGAAGAAGUCCAUGGCAGAUCAGGACUCCGGAAGCCCACGAAGCCCGAGCAUGGGGAAGAAGAUGGAGAGGAAUCGCUCGAUGGUGGAUCGGUCCGGCACGAAUACCUUGUCACGCACCGGAUCUAUGGAAUCCCUCGCACUCGAGUCGGAUGCUGGCACGGUGGCGGGCGAGAGUGACUUCGGAGUCAGUGCUCGCAGAAGACGAAGAGAGGCGAGACCAAAGAAAGGGGUGACGCGGCCAUUGCUGCUGGUGACGGCUUUGGACGUGGAGCCGGGACGCGUCCUCUCACAGCUCGCGGCCGCCCAGCCGCUGGAGCAGUUCAUCGGCGCGAAGCAGCAGGAGCUGAAGGUGAUCAACUGUGGGAGAUGGCAAGCGCAGAGUGGGACCUUGCUGCAGAGCAUCCAAGACGCUUACAAGCGCGGCAGGUGGUUGCUCAUCGAGCACAUCCACCUGGUGCCGUCUUGGCUGCCCCAAUUGGAUGCUCUCUUGGCAACGAUUCUGGAGGAUGGACCGGACUUCUUUGACCGCUCGCAGGGAUCGGCAUUGCCUGGCUUCCGGCUUUUCCUGUCAGUGCCGUCCGAGACCACGGUCUCGCACGCGAUUCCAGCCGCCUUGGUCCUCAAGUGCGUGCGGGUGGCCUGGGAGCUGCCGCGUGGAUCCAAGGCUCUUCUACAGCGUGCAGGCGCCGUCAGCAAAGCAAAGGAAACGAAAGGAGCUAAGGAACAUCGACUCUGGGAGAGCUGUGCUGGCAUUGACCAGGGUCGCUUGCUGCUGGUCUCUUUGGCUCGCUUCCAGGCCCUGCUCCAAGAACACCGCUCUUGCGAUCAGGAGAGGGCCUUCCACGUGGCUUUGCAGCUCUUCGAAGACCUCUGCGCGGCGCACGCGAGGUCGGAGAAGUCGGAGAAGCCUCUGGAGGCGAGGGAGGGCUCGGAUCGCUUGUGGGCGGAGCUCUGCUACCACGUGACACAGGUGUUCUAUGGCUUUGUGAGUGAGAUCUCUCGGCGAUGUUUGGUCGCCCUCUUCCACGCCCUCCGCGAGCAGACGCCGAUGUCCAGGAGCGCCCUUGGUGCGGUGCACAUGGAUUUUCAAAAGCAAAGCUUCGAGUCGGCCUUGGAGUUCCUCGGAAGUCAGAACGAGCUCGGCUCACCGAGCCUUCAACAGGCGGAGACGGAGUCGCUGUUGGCGGUCCUGAACUCGGAAGAGCUCCUCGGCUCGGCGCGGGGAGGAGGCGACGCAAGCCGCAACGGCCCGAGAGCGGGGCCGGGCGGGCCGGGCACUUCGGGCCUGGCUUUGGCCCUCCAUCUCCUCGAGGAGCUCCCUGCCGCCGUUGCGUCCGUGGGCGCAAGCAGCAGCGAGAGCUCCGGAGAGGACGAGGACGAGGCUUUGCCGCGUGCAGUGGUGAUGUCACUGAACAGCUUCCUCCAACGAGAGCUUCUGCAAGCGACUCACUUGCUUCGAAGCGUCCGGCAGAGCCUCGAGGAUCUCAUCGCCCACUUGGAAGGUGAGUCCUUCUCAGAUGAUCUGGAGGCCAUGUUGGAAACGCUUUUGGCGGGCUCGGUGCCCGAGUCCUGGAGCUUGGGACUGGUGGCCCCUCGCCGAGCCCUGGGCUCCUGGACAGAGGACGUCGCCCGGCGCGUGGGAGCGCUGCGGGCCUGGGAGCUCAGCCGAAAGGCCCCGUGUUGCUUCUACCUGUCCGACUUCUUGAAUCCGCAAGGCUUCCUCAUCGCGACGCUCCAAGGCACUGCUCGAUUGCGGCGAUCCUCUGUGGAGAGGAUGCACUUCCAACAUCGAGUGGAGCAUCUGCUUUCCAAUGCAGAAGAGGUCCGGCAGCAGUUGAAGGCUGAUCAUGCUCUGCUCGAUGCGUCUUUCGAAGGUGUCUUCCUGGCAGGGCUCUGGCUCGAGGGCGCUUCCUGGAGCCGACGGAAAGGGAUCUUGGAGGAGAAGGACUUGCACUCGCGCCAGCGCUGGUCGGCCCUGCCGGUCCUCCGAUUUAACCCCGUUGAUGGCCCAGCGCAGGAGCCCUUGCCUCCACCUCGCGAAUCCACACGUGGGCCAUCGAAAGGGCCAGCACAGGUGUCAGGUCGAGUGCAGGAGGCUCUCCGGCGGCGGCAUGCUGGGCAAGGGCUGCAAGGCUUGGGCCUGCAGAGAGGCCAGGGCCAGGGCGGCUCGGGAGCCAAGACGGCCAUGAGCCUCCUCGCCGGCAAGGAGAGGCAGCAUGCUUCAGGGUCCAGGAGCCACCACUUCAGCUGCCCUCUCUUGCCACGAAGCCCUUUUCACUCUGGAGGUGCCGGUCUUUGGUCUUGCACGGUGCUGCCGCUUGACAAUGUCGCACUGCCAAUGGGAAGCUGCGAGUCACAGGACUUGUGGCUCCUGCGAGACACGGCGGUGGUCAUCCACAUCGAAGAUUGA